AUGGACUUGACUCCAUCAUCAGACUUCAAACGGAGGCCAGCCGCCUCUUCCUCCCCGGGUGGAGUCAGAGAGGUCGCCAGGAGUCCUCCUCCCUGCUCUCCAUCCUUAUCCGUGUCCUCUCCUUCGUCUCCUUCAUCCUCACCCUUGUCUACCUCCUCCUCCAUCUGCGCCAACACGUCCGCGUAUCAGAACCAUGUGAAGGGUCAGACCCCAGGGCCAGAGGUGCCCCGGGUCUCCUCCACUUCUGCCUCGACAGCAAUGCAGUCUCACUCCACACCUCCGCCCAGCACCACCUCCUUGGACUCCUUCCCUCACACCUCGGCUCAGCAGAAUGACUGUGAGACGGAAGGCGGGACAAAGGAGAUGUACGAUCCUUUCAGUCCAACUGACGGCGCGAAGGAAGAGGAUGAGGGGGAGAAAUAUGACCCCUUUGACCCCACAGGAUCCCCGGCAUCAGACGCUGAGGAUGGAAGCAGCGAAGUGAUUGAGGGGAAGACAAAUCUAGACAAAAAGGAUGACGAGGAGAAAGAGGAAGAACCUCCAGAUUCCACUGACAACCUGUCCAGCCUCCCCAGCCCUCGUCUGACCCCCAAGCUCCACCUGAGGAGGAGAGUGGACUGUCGCACCUCCAAACGUGGAGAGCAGAGGGAGGGGGUCGAGUCGGAGCACUCUGAGAUAGGAGGGGAGAUAGUGGGAGCUGCUGACAGAGAGGGAGGCAUCAAGAGAGCAGCAGCAGAAAUCCUCCCCUUGAACUCUCCCAGCGUCUCCUUCUUUGGAUCUAAGCCGGAGAGGAUCCUUCGGGUGCUGGAUGGGGAUGGCUUUGUGUCCGUGCGUACUGAGGGUACCUGGGAGGUGGAGCCAGAGGAGGAGCCUGUGGUAGGAGUAGAGGAUCUGAGGAGGAAGCUGGUCAGCAGGAGAAAGGAGAGAUAUCUCUCAUUUCCUCCUACUUCCCCCUUGUCUCCCCACACACCUCCUCUCCCCUCCCACCCAGUGUCUGCCCCUUCUUCCCCUCUCACUCCUCCUGUGGAGCAAAUCAGCAAGUCCAGCAAGUCCAAGAGCUCCAAGGACCGCGACCCGCAGAAGAGCAAAGACAGAAAGGCGGGUGAGAAGGAGGAGAGGAGGAAAAAGAGAAGGAAGGACAAGGAGGGAGGUCAGGAGAAGAGCAAAGAAAAGGAAGGAGGACACAAGAAGGAGGCAAAAGCGACAAGGAGCAGCAGGAGCAGCAGCAGGAAGAGGAAGAAACGGCGCCACAGCAGCCAAGAAGCGUCUGCAGGAAGAGCCGGACACAGCAGACACUCCUUCUCCAGUCAGUCUGAAGAACAACAGAGAGAGAGGGACAGAGAUAAAGAAAGAGAAAGGGACAGAACCAGAGAAAGAGACAGAGAUAGAGACAGGGACAGGGACAGGGAGAGAGACAGAAGAAGAGACAGAGAGAGGGAUAGAGACAGAGAGCACAGUAGUCGGAGAAGAGACGACAGAGAGCGAGAUGCUAGCCCUCGAAAGAAAGAUGGAGACAGGAAGGGGGGACAUUCUAGCAGCAGAGAGCGAGGAGGUUCAAAGAGGUCGAAGAGAAGCAGAGAAAAGAGAGAUGAAGAGAGGGACAGGCAGCGAGACCGGGAGCGCAGACGAGACGGUCGACCUGUCGUUCCUCCGUCUAUCCAAGAUCUCAACGGCUCCGAUCUCUUCGCCAUCAAGAGAACCAUCACAGUCACGACCACUACAACCACCACCACCGUGCCCGGCUCCCCGAGACUCAACUCCUCCUCUCCCUGUCGGCCUGCGCAGGAGUCCGACAAACCCCACAAGAGAAAGAAGAAGAGAAAAUGGCACUCUGCCGGAGAAACAGAGGAGCGAGGGAGCUGCCACAGCCGCUCGCAGUCGCUCUCUCCCCCGAGGUAUCACAGCUACGAGUCAGACCACUACUCGGACAAACUGGAGAUCGAUGUGUUGUCUCUGGAUGGUGAGGCUUUGGACUCCGACUACCCCUCUUUGGAGGACACGCCCCCUGCUGUCCUUCCUCCAGCGCCACCCGCCCCCAGCCCCAAAACUAAAGUGACCCCCAAGACCGGACGCCAUCAGAAAAAGAAAUCACGCACAUUUAAGAAAACGGGCCCAUCUGAGUCCUCCUCCUCUUCUUCCAACAGAACCAACAACAAAUGCCUCUCCUCCAUGAUGGUGACUUCAGGCUCCACCUCUGUCUCAUCCGGUCCUCCGUCGACAAAACGAGCCAGGAAGAUCGGGAAGGAAAAAGAGCGAGAGAAAGGCAGCAGGAAGGAACUGAGUCGCUCUGGAAAAUCCAAGAAAGAGGGCGGCAGUCGGAAGGGCAAGCUUCAGUCCAAAGUGUCAGUGCUGGUUCGUGAGGGUGUGAGCAGCACCACUGGGGCUUCUGUCAGCUCUGGAAAGAUGCCCAUGGACCUGCUGGGACCAGGAGGUGGAGGAGGAGGUUCUGGGAGCUCCGUGGUGGGGGGAUCCAUCGCGGUUGUCUUCUGCCGGGACAAUGAGAGCAGGUCUCCGUUCCUCAAACCCUGCUCGGAGCCGCUGUCUCUGAGCAGCCGGGGUAAAGAUCUGGCUUUGGGGAAGAGAAGCAGCCUGGCUGCUCCUCCGUCCUCCUUGACGAGUCCUGCAGGUCUGAAACCCAAGAAGACCAAACCAAGCUCCAUCACAUCCACCUCCUCCUCCGCUUCCUCUCCGUCUUCAUCUCUGGCUACCAAACGCCGCCGUCGCCUCGGUAAGAAGGCUCGGGAUAAGGGAGCUACAGGGCUGACAGCUGGAGACGGCGGCCAAUCAAAAGCCUCGUCUGAGGGCUGGGGAGGAGCUUCCCUCGAUAAUCAGUCAGCUGCUGGAGACGGAAACAAGUCCGUCAGUCCGCAUCCUGGCCCGGCUGGCCCUGCACCCUGCUCCUCUUCCUCUUCUUCCUCCUCUUCCUCCUCCACAAGUGUGCUCCCACCUUCCUCCUCGCCCCCUCACACUCCUCCCCCCUCCAUGGCCCCCCUGCGGGACACCAGGGAGUCUUCCCCGGACUCUCAGACAGUCGACAGCAGCUGCAAGACUCCUGAUCCCUCGUUCCUAGCGGAAGACUGUCCCUCUCAGACCAGCCCCACCCUCCCAGCAUCCAGUCCAUCCAGCAUGUCUGCACCCCAGGGGGCAGGCCACAGCAUCGCCCUGUCUACACCCACCGCCAAGCCCCCACCUCCAGAUGAAGCACCCAAAUCUCUGUCCUCCCCUCCCUGCUCCUCUUCGUCAGCUGGCCUCACCUCCAUCUCUCUGCCGCUGUCCUCUUCAGACCCCUCCUCUUCUUCUGUGUCUUCCUCCUCUGCUAGUAAACCUCCCCCUCCUCCACCCCCUCCAGCAGCACCUGCCCUCCCCUGGAGUCUGCAGAGUGGCGUGGACUGCACCACUGGAGGAGUCCUGGCCUUAACCGCUCUGCUCUUUAAGAUGGAGGAGGCCAACAUUGCCAGCAGAGCCAAAGCACAAGAGUUCAUUCAAGCCACCAGCCAGAUCCUCUCCCAGGCCAAUCAGAACCAGUCUCAGCAGCAUGCCGCGCCCUCCUCCGGCUCGUCGGGCUCCUCGCAGAUCCCGCCUCCUCCUUCUCUUCCUCCCCCUCCUGGUCUGAGCCCUGCCCAGUUCAUUCUCCACGGCUCCCUCCCAUUGGUCGGCGCAACCAAGUCUCCACCGUCUCUCCUGCAUCCUAUGGGUGGUGGAUGCGCACAGACGCCGCCCCCCAUGUUACCUGGGGGGCUGUCAGGAAUGACUGGGAGCUCUGGUGACACUGGAUGGGACAUUGACAGCAAAGACCCUGAUAAGUACCUGAAGAAGCUGCACACUCAGGAGCGAGCAGUGGAGGAGGUGAAGCUGGCCAUCAAACCUUACUAUCAACGCAAAGACAUCAACAAGGACGAUUACAAAGACAUCCUGAGGAAAGCUGUGCACAAGAUCUGCCACAGCCGCACCGGAGAAAUCAACCCGGUCAAAGUGAGUAACCUGGUGAAGCUGUACGUCCAGCGCUACAAAUACUUUCAACAUGGACGCAAAAUGGAUGACGAAGAGCGUGAGGACAGAGAGCUGCACUCUUCUGCCUGAGAGGAGACUUUUACACAUGACCUCCCCCCCACUCCCCUCCCCCUGCAUUCAGCUCAACAUCCAUUUUUAUUAUCUAAUGUUUUUAUGAUUUCACGGCCCACCUCGUCUAUGCUUUAUGUGAUUUUAUGGAAGUCUGUGAUCUCACUGUAAAUAUGUCUCACAUAUUAAAAUGUAUCAUGUAAACAAUGUUGAGCAGGUGGAUGCUGUCAUGCACACCUGUGUGGUCUGAUAAGGUCCAGUGCACCAAGCCUGCAAUAAAUGCUACCUUUGUGAAGCUCA